AUGAAGCCCAGCAACCUGGUCGCCUUCGUGGUGCUCCUGGCCCUCGGAACCCUGAUGACAAGAUCUGUGGAAGGUGCUAGCAAAGGAAAAGCUAAAUAUGGAGCCUGCCCCUUCAUACGCCCAGCGAAUUGCCUCAUCUAUGAACCUCCUCAAUGCCACAGUGACUGGCAGUGUCCAAAGAAACAGAAAUGCUGUCCUGGCGUUUGUGGCAUCAAGUGCUUGGAUCCUGUUGACUCGUCAAAGCCAGUGAAGGUCAAUCCUGGGAAGUGUCCAGUAGUCACUGGCCAGUGUAAGAUGCUCAAUCCCAGGGAUAACUGCCUGAAUGACAGCCACUGCCUGAACGGUUUCAAGUGCUGCAAGGGGAUGUGUGGGAAUUCAUGUGCCAAGCCAGUGUGAGAUGUACUUUUACCAGUUCAAUAACAUUAGGACUUCCUGGAUUCUGUGGUCUGAGGAUUCCUCCUCCCCCGCCCCAACCCCCCCGCCCCGCAAGCCUGGAGAAAAUGAGAAUACUUGAUGAAGAUGUGGCUUUGUGACCAAUACUUCCUUGAGGUCUAAGUUUUUACCUGUUUUAUCUAUGCAUCCCCAGCAUCCAAUGUGAGGC